UGACAAUUGACAUACGACAAGGUCCAUCAAAAAUGUCAAAUGAAAAUUUCUUUGUAAUGUAACUUUUUUCUCACUGUUUCAUUUGAUUAAAAAAUAUUUUGGUUGUUUAUAAUCGGAGCCUCAUUACUUUAUGAUUUCAAGACAAUUUUGGCCUUAUUUGUUUGCUGUUGUGUUGUUGUCCUCGGUGAAUCUAGGAAGGCAGUGAAUUGCCCGAGCAUUUGACAUUGACGUAUUUAUUCUAGAAAGGAUCCUUAAGUAGUUCACAUUCAGCGUUUUUCGUAUUCGUCAAGGUAAGCAGCUUUGAAGCCAGAAAAUGGCUGUUAAGCAGAAAGUAGUGGAAUGUGUAGCACCUACGAAAGAAGCCCGGCUUCAGUUGAUAUUAAGAGCCCUGCAAGGCCUCUCUGCCCACGAUGGACUACACGACAAAUUUUGCUCGCAAAUCGUAAAAAGUUUAGGAACAGUUCCAAUACCAAACGAUCCGACAAACUACGUAAAAUUCAUUGAAGACAUCAAAAAAGUUCAAAAUAUUCUUUCCAAAGAAUGCUGUGAUCAGAAACACAUUUUUAUCGCUUUAAAAGCACUGUUAGAUGAAAUAUCGAAUCCGGAUCCGCACAAGCAAUUAUCACCUGCAAUGUCAAUCGUUCUACAACUAAUAGAUGAAAGUAAUAUACCCAAUGCAGUGAAAUACAUUUUAAAUUGUGGCUAUCCUGAACAGAGUCUCGAGAAGGCCUUUUACACGCUCUGUAUGUGGUUACCGAAAUGCUUUUGGGUAGAAAACCUGGGCCCUCUCGUACUAGCAUUCAUGAAGGGCUUGGAAGCAGAACACCACUACGAUAUUCUCAUCGAUGUCAGCCUGGCAGCCAUCGAACCUCUGUUUAAAUUAGUGAUGUUCCCGAAAAUCAGGAAGAGUGUAGGGCCCGUCGUAUUGUACAUGCUAUCGAGAAACCAGCACAACAAUCCGCAACUGUUCCACAAAGUCAUCCCUCACGCUAAAACCGUCUGUGAAAAAUUAGAUAAAGAAAGAAGUGAAUCUAGUCUGAGGUUCUUGCAAGAACUCGUUAAUUUGUUUAUAGCUUUAAUGGAAAUAUUUCCGGGCGAUUCUGAAUUGUAUCAGCCGUUAAACGAAGUGUUGCAACCGUACUGCGUGAGUUCCGAUUACAAACAGGCCCUGCACUGCAAACCGUGGACCGCCGGCGCAACGUCUCCCGCAACGGAAAAGUAUUUCAUUGAAAAAGUCGGCCUGAACAAUUUGGGGAAUACUUGUUACAUGAACAGCGUGCUGCAAGCGCUGUUUAUGACCAAAACCUUCAGAAACGAGGUUUUGCUGUGCGAUAAAGAAAUUUCCCAGUUGUUCUCCAAACUGCAAACGUUAUUUGUACUGUUGCAGUUCUCGAAGAGGUCCUCUUUAUCGCCGAACGAUAUAUUACACCUCUCGAGACCGCCGGGAUUCUUGUUGGGUCACCAGCACGACAGUUCUGAAUUUUUGGGGUAUUUACUGGAUACAUUACACGAGCAAGAGAAGAAUGUUAUAAAUUCAUCGGUCGAUUGUGCGGAAGAUGAAGGUGCUGGCGCGUUAAUGUUGACCGCCGUUCAACAAUCGUUCGGUGGGAGAACGGUAACGGUUUCGAGGUGCGGUGAAUGUACCACGACCAGCGAACACAUGGAUCAAUUCAGAGAAUUGCAACUGUCGUUUCCCAAUAAUUCCGAUAAUCAAUCGGUGCAGACGCUGUUAGAUUACUACCUUCAACCGGAAAUGCUCAGUGGCGAUAAUCAGUAUCACUGUGAUAUAUGCAGUCGGCUUACUGACGGCGAGAGAGUUACUAAGAUUGUCGAAGCCCCUCCGAGGUUGAUCCUGACUUUAAAGCACUUCAGAUACGAUCCCGCAUCACACCAGCGUACUAAGCUUCUGCAAACUGUAAUGCUAGACGAUUUCAUUACGAUAGAUUCGUUCAGAUACGAAUUGUACGCCGCUGUGGUCCACUGCGGCUCCAGCGUGGACUCGGGUCACUACUACACAUUGGCCAAAGAUAAACUGCAAUGGUACAAAUUCAACGACAGUUUCGUUAGCAGAGCGACCACAGACGAUUUGCGUAAGCUCAAACCGCCGGAGACGGCGUACAUCCUUUUUUACAGUCGACAGGACGUGAAGGAGCCGGAGAAUCUGCCGCCCACGAUAUUAUCCAGUGGGUUGCAGAUCGUAUUAACGAAGGAUCAAUCCGAGUUGGACGCCGAGAGAAAUCAGCAAACGGGGAAAAUGAAUUUUAGACAUAACCGGAACGACGAGCCGCCUCCUCCGAGUUGCGGCGGCGGCGGAUUCAACACUUCUGGAAACAUGUUAGUAUGCUAGAGUUCUAAUUGGGGUUUUGUAAAUAAAGAGAUGCUUAUAAUAUUAUUAUCUUUAUUUAAUACUUACGUUGUAAUGUAUAUUAAAUUUAAUUUAAUGAUUUUAUUCAAAUAUUAUUAUACUGAACAUAUUAUCUAGUUACGAAAAAUUGAUUUGUCCACUAAAGAUCGAUUGUGUAUAAAAAUAACGUACUGAAAAAAACUUUAAUAUUAAUAAGUCAUCAUUAAAAACGUAUAGAGAUGCAAAGUAGCUAUCACAACAUACGGAAAAUUUAGUUUUAACAAACCGCAAAAUGUAGAAAAACUUAAGGAUAUUAAUUUAUAAAAAUGUUUGGUACAAAAUAUGUUUUGAUACAAUUAUUUAUGAGGAUAAAAUUGAGUUAAUAAAUGUAAAUGAAAAUGUUAUCGAAAUAUUUAAAACAUGAAUUUUGUUGUAAAUUGUAUAGACUUGAAUAAAAGUACUUGUAAAAAUUUGACUUACUUUUAUAGUGCGAAUAAUUGACGAGCAAAGUAGAUGAAGACGAAUCUAUAACAAACUUAUGAUAAAUGAAAUGUAAGUAUAAUGGACUCGAGGAUAUAAGUUCUGCAGAUCUGGAUGAAAAGCACAAAUACAAUCAAUGAAUCAAUACCCAUCCAUUCAAUAGCUAUAAAAAAUAAAUUAGCAGUAAAGGAAGGCUCCAAAGCUCUGGAUUUGAAAAACCCGGGAUUCAUAUAUUUUGGAAUAUCGG